GGGGUUCUGUCAUUCCGCAAGGGAGGGAGGGUGCUGCCAGAGGAGCACCCGCCGUGUUCAUGUGAGAUGUGCAUGAGUGAGCUUUUUGUGAUCGAGCGAGGCUCAUCGUUGUUCUUACUGUUUAGCCCUGUGUGUGUGCGAUUUCACCCCAAUCGUUUUCCUCUCUCUACUGCUCGUACUAUGUGCUGCCGCACCUGCGACCAGAAUGAGAAUUUGUUUGUCUGUACACUGCACCUCUAGCGAAUCUUCAUCUUACUUUCCACAGGCACCCCCCUUUGUCUCGGUGCCAGCAAAGUGGUCUGUUUUCUCCUGGGGUGAGCCAAGAGGAGCACAGGCUUCUACAUGCGGUUCUUUCUUGAAUCGCUCUGCUUCAGCACAGCCAGUUCGAUGCAGACAACUGGCUCUUCAGUCUUUCCUGCCUCUGCCCCUAUUUUUUUCUUCUACAGGCAUCUGGUCGGUACCGGAGUAAUUCUUUCACAGAAUGGACUUUCGCGCAUUGCAGCUGCCCAUACACCUUAUUCGCGGUUUAAAGGUCUCCGUGAAACACGUGGACGGUGGGAAGCGUGCAUAGAGGAAGGUAGCCGCCAAGCUAAACUUUUGUUUUCUUCUAAAGAGGACGCAGCAAAAGCAUAUGACAAAGCCCAAUUCAAACUGUACGGAGAUGGAGCUGCAACAAAUUUCGCUCUGUCGGAGGAUGAGAAGGAGGACGUAUCGAAUCUGGAGUGGGAAGACCUUAUUCUAAAUUUGCAGCUCCAAGGAUUGCCAAAGGCUACACUAUCUGGCCUGGCAUUUCAUGGAGUACUUUGCAAGGAUGAAGUCUGGCAAACCUACGUGAAAAUUGGCAAGCAGCGUUAUGUGGGUCGAUUCACAUCAAUGAUGGAAGCAGUAAAUGCGUAUGACAUGGUGGAAUACAAGAUUCAUGGGAGUGAUGGCUUACUCAAUUAUGAUCUUGCCGAAGAUGAAGUAGCUGAAUUGGAGAAGACGGACUGGAACUCACUGAUCUCUAACCUGGGUUUAAAAAUUUAUGAACGUCGGAAGCCCCACAAAACUGGAUAUCGUGGUGUACGUCAAGUUGCUCCUGGGAAGUGGUCUGCAAGCUACGCUCAUCGAGGGGCCUCGAUACAGUUAGGGCGAUUCGAAUCAUUAGAUGCUGCUGUGAGGUCUUAUGACAGUUUUGUAUACAAGUUAUGUGGAGAAGCUGCCAAGUUGAAUGGAGCUCUUAGUGAUGAUGAGAAGGACCAGCUGUGCAAGCUCUCCUUGAAAGAAGUUCGAGCGGCUUUAGCAGUCCAAGCCAUCCGUCCACCAAGUUCAGCUGAUCUGGGUGCUCGAGGAGCCCGCUUCGUAGGAGGGAAGUGGGAGGUAUGUGUAGAAAGUACAAUGCGCGACUCUCUUUUUCUUACGACCACGAUUAAUGAAGCUGAGGCUACGCAGGUUCAUGAUAUAGCGGCUUACAAGUUACACAAGGAUUUUGCAAAGACGUACUCUGAGUUGUCUCUAGAAUUGCGGGAACAAAUAGACUCCGUUGAAUGGGCAACAGUUGCCGAAAAUUUUGGUUUUCAACGUCUUCCCUCCUAUUACGGAGUGAGGAGGCUGGUAUCAGGGAUGUGGCAAAGCUUCAUCCGUUACGGGGGAUCCUACCUUCCUGUUGGUACAUUCGCAUCAGCUGAAAUGGCUGCCCAUGCUUCUGACAUGUGUACCUAUAAGCUAGGAGGGAAUUCUUCAGGGACAUUGUACAACUUUCCAUUGGAGGGAUUCGAAAAGAAAAAAAUUGAAAAGCUUCAGUGGUGCCAAUUAAUUGCAAGCCUUCGAGAAGAGCAAGAAUGGUCUGCACACACUACUGAACUUGCUGACAUGGAGGCAGCUUCCGCAGUUGAUGAAAAGCAUUUAUCUCGAGAUAAAAGAUGGAUACUCUUUGUGUGUCAAGAACAGUUGAUUCAACAAAGGAUGAUGAGAAGGGCCUCUCGUGUGGGACAACAAAUUAUAGUACGAAGGCCAGAAUUGGCAGAACAGUUUUCACCUUUGAAUCGUCGCGCAGAUGGAUCUCCCAUGCUGGUCGAGGAGGUGAUGGAGUGUAACUCAGCUCCCUUGUUGUGGACCUGUCAGUGUGGGAAUCUCUUUCUCAAAUCUCCUGCUUCGCUUGCAAAGAUUAAGCCUGUGUGCCACCAACCUGGGUGCACAUCAGUAAGUCGGGAUAGAUUUUCUGGAAGCUUGAAUUGAAUGGACACCCGUAGGCUCUGAUUGCCUUAGCAGCCAUGAUUACACUACUCCCUGUCUGAAAUGCAUUAGGCAUAGCUACGGAAGAGCACAUUUGUCUCAUUCAUGGACGAUGUCCCGAGUUUGGGGCACACAUCUUCUGAGCAACAAUCAUUCACACUAGCAUUUGUAAUUUCUUUCACUCUCUUUUGUAGCCCAACGAUUGCGAAUAUCUUCAAGAAGAUUGUGCUGUUUGAAGGA